AAGAUAUCUAUAUAUUUUUCUGCUUUGAUCACCUCUGGUGUUUACGCGUUCUGUCAUGGUGAGUACUCAACAACGCACGGACGAUGGCUCUUCUCCACCGGUGGUAAAAGCUCUUAAGAGCUAUGGAAUCACGAAGCCACUUUCUAUUGCUGGACCUUCUUCGGCUGAUAUUAAGCGUAAUUUGGAACUAGAGAAGUUUCUGGUUGAUGAGGGGCUCUAUGAGAGCAAGGAAGAAACUAUGCGGAGAGAGGAAGUUCUGGUGCGCAUUGAUCAGAUUGUUAAACACUGGGUGAAACAGUUAACUCGUCAGAGGGGCUAUACAGAUCAGAUGGUAGAGGAUGCAAAUGCUGUCAUUUUCACUUUUGGAUCUUACCGCCUUGGAGUUCACGGACCUAGGGCUGAUAUUGAUACUUUGUGUGUUGGCCCAUCUUAUGUUAACCGAGAGGAGGAUUUCUUCAUUAUCUUGCGUGAUAUGUUGGCUGAAAUGGAAGAAGUGACUGAAAUUCAACCUGUUACUGAUGCCCAUGUCCCAGUCAUGAAAUUUAAGUUCCAAGGAAUAUCAAUUGAUCUUCUGUAUGCUAGCAUAUCGCUUCUUGUUGUUCCACAGGAUCUGGAUAUCUCCAACUCCUCUGUGCUGUGUGACGUAGAUGAACAAACUGUCCGCAUUCUUAAUGGUUGUAGGGUUGCUGAUCAGAUUCUUAAACUCGUUCCAAAUUCCGAGCACUUCCGGACAACAUUAAGAUGCCUGAAGUACUGGGCUAAGAAGCGUGGAGUCUAUUCAAAUGUUACUGGAUUUCUUGGUGGUGUAAACUGGGCACUUCUGGUUGCACGCCUGUGCCAGCUUUAUCCAAAUGCUAUUCCUAGUAUGUUGGUUUCUCGAUUUUUUAGAGUAUAUACACAAUGGCGCUGGCCGAAUCCAGUCAUGCUUUGUGCAAUAGAAGAAGAUGACCUUAGCUUUCCUGUCUGGGACCCACGAAAAAAUCAUCGUGACCGCUAUCAUCUUAUGCCAAUAAUAACUCCUGCAUACCCAUGCAUGAAUUCUAGUUACAAUGUCUCUCAAAACACUCUUCGUGUUAUGACAGAGCAAUUCCAGUUUGGCAACACAAUCUGUCAGGAGAUUGAGUUAAAUAAACAACACUGGAGUUCCUUAUUUGAGCAAUAUAUGUUCUUUGAGGCAUAUAAAAACUACCUUCAGGUUGAUGUACUAGCAUUAGAUGCCGAAGAUUUAUUGGCAUGGAAAGGUUGGGUGGAGUCACGGUUCAGGCAACUGACCUUGAAGAUAGAACGAGACACAAAUGGGAUGUUAAUGUGCCACCCUCAACCAAAUGAGUAUGUAGACACUUCAAAACAGUUUCAACAUUGUGCCUUUUUCAUGGGCUUGCAGAGGGCAGAAGGAUUUGGUGGCCAAGAAUGUCAACAGUUUGAUAUACGUGGAACAGUGGACGAGUUCAGGCAAGAGGUAAACAUGUAUAUGUUUUGGAGACCUGGGAUGGAUGUGUAUGUUUCUCAUGUUCGAAGACGGCAGCUUCCAUCUUUUGUUUUUCCAAAUGGAUAUAAAAGGCCUCGACAAUCAAGGCACCAGAAUCAACAAUGCAGAGAACCUGGUGAGAAGGGCGCUGGUUCUUUGCCCGACUCUGUUGAGAGAUAUACGAAGAGAAAGAACGAUAAUGAAACUAUGGAUAUCAGGCCAGAGAAACAUGAGAAGCGUGCAUCUCGUAGUCCACAUAGUCUGGAUGCAGUUUCUCUUGACAGCAGUGGUAUCACUACUGGUGGGACUACUCAGAUUGGCAUUGCGCCAGGUCCUAGGGCUGAAUGCUUAGUAACUGGUGAUCUUGUUUGCAAUGUUAGAAGUCUUCCUAACGUGGAAGUUGAGGCUGAAAAAUUUAUCAGUGAAAGCACGGAACUCAUAAAAUUUUCUCAAUAUGAGAAUAACUCUGGUAGCGAGCAAAUCCUGGAAGUAGAUAGUAGGGCUCUAGUUCAAGGUUAUCAUGGCCUGGCUGAGCCUAUAGGAAAACAUGUGAGACCUGACCCUCGUGCUGUGCUAGCAUGUGAAGGUUGGCAGAAUAAAGAAAUAGGUCGUGAUAUGGGCUCUGAAUCUAUUAAUGACACUGACACGCAACAUCUUCCAAGGCGACUUAAUGUAAAAGAAGAUGUUGAUGAAGUUGAGAGGGAAGCCAAGUCGGGAGAAAUUGCUGAUGGUGUUUUGUGGAAUGGAUACUGUGGACGGAACCUUGAUCAUGAGGGUUUUUUGACUCCUGCAAAUUUGGAUUCAGCUGUGGAACAUAGAAACUUGCAUGCAGACAGAUUGUUCAAAAGUGGCUUGUCAGAAGAACUUCAGUCAAAUCCUUUGCUCAGCGGGAUGGGGAAGCUGGACGAUGGAGCUAGGUCAGAAUCUUUGCAGAAUGCAAUGAUGAGCAGCAGGAGGUUGAGCUUGAAGUCCAUAGUAAUGAGCAUGAAUAACGAGUUUGGGACAAGACAUGCAUUGUUCAAUAACUAUGCUCCAGGUGAAAUGUGGAGCUGUGCUAGUUCAAUGCUUGUCUGAGAGAGAUACAAAAUUAAAAAGUAGAAACCAGUGAGAUCACCAUAGAACAAGGCAAGUGUAAUGUAUCUGUCUGCCUAUUCUGGUUAUUUCAGACUUGUUUCUGUAUUUUGUAUGCUUUGAGAUUUGGGAUCUUUCAAUGUUAUAUGAUUCUGUACAUCAAAUCAUCUCCUGCUUUUUGCUGCUAGUUGUUAAUUACUAAAGUUUGCGUGAGGUU